AUGGACUGCCUGAAAGCGGUGCAGGCGUACGUAGACAAGGUCGUCACCAACACGAGCGGGAUCAAGGUCUUGUUGCUUGAUGCCGACACGACUCCUAUCGUAUCGCUCGCAACGACCCAAUCUCACCUCCUCUCGCAUGAAGUCUACCUCACAGACCGAAUCGACAAUCCCGCUCGCCAUUCGCUUCCCUCCUCUUCAUCCGACGCUGCUUCGUCCAGCGCCGCAGCGUAUCCGCCAGCAGCGAGUAGUUCGAAGGGGAUCGAGCGGCUACCCCACCUGAAGUGUGUGUGCUUCUUGAGGCCGACGGAGGAGAGUAUCGAGGCUUGCGAGAGGGAGUUGAGGCAGGGGCGGUUUGGGGGAUACUGGCUUUACUUCACGAAUGUCUUGAGCAAGGCGCAGAUUGAGCGGUUAGCGGAGGCGGACGAGCACGAGCUGGUCAAGGAGGUACAGGAGUACUUCUGCGACUAUUCGCCCCUCACAUCCUCACACUUCUCGCUAUCCAUCCUCCCGACACCUCUGCAUCCAGCGCCCAACCAGCGCGUCAUGCCCCUUUACGGCGACUCUCCCCAAACCUUCUCGCCUCACUCUCCCGUCUUCCAACGCCACCUCGAAGGCCUCACCUCCGUUCUCCUCUCGCUCAAGAAGCGUCCAAUAAUCCGCUACGAGCGCAUGUCGCCUAUGGCACGACGACUGGGGCAAGAACUCGUCUACCAGAUGAACCAGGGCCAGCCGGACUUGUGGGAGUUUCGAAAGACGGCCACUGCACCGUUGUUGCUCAUCUUGGAUCGGAGAAACGACCCGGUCACGCCGCUGUUGACGCAGUGGACGUAUCAGGCGAUGGUGCAUGAGUUGUUGGGCAUCACGAACGGGAGGGUCAGCUUGGCGGAUGCGCCGGAUGUGCGAGACGAGCUGAAGGAGAUCGUCCUCUCGCCUGAGCAAGACCAGUUCUUCGCCGCGAACCUGUACGACAACUUUGGCGACCUCGGCGCGCACCUCUCGGCGUACGUACAAGAUUACUCGACUCGCUCGGCCAGCUCGGCGGCGAGCAAGAUCGAAACUGUCCAAGAUAUGAAGCGCUUCAUCGACGAGUACCCCGAGUUCCGCAAGCUCGGCAGCAACGUCUCGAAGCACGUUGCGCUCGUCGGCGAACUCUCGCGACUCGUGAACGUGCGACACCUGCUGCAGGUCUCGGAGCUCGAGCAGAGUCUGGCCAGCAACGAGAGUCACGGGACCGAUCUCAAGGCUGUCCGAGAAGCCAUCAUCGCGCCCGAAAUCCCGCAAGAAGCCAAGCUCCGCCUCGCCGUUCUCUAUGCCUUGCGAUACCAGAAGAUGCCGCAGAACCAGAUCGCUGGAGUCGUUGACUUGCUCAAGCAGCAGGGCGUCCCAGAUGCCGAGAUGGUGCACAUCCUGCUCAACUUCGCCGGUGCGGAUCAGCGGCAGGACGACCUGUUCGGCAACGAGAACUUCUUCAGCAAGGGGAAGAGCGCGCUCAAGGGAUUGAAGGGCGUGGACAAUGUCUACACGCAACAUACGCCGCACCUCAUGGAGACGAUCGACUUGCUACUGAAGGGUCGGCUGAAAGAGUCGAGCUAUCCCUACAUUGACGGCCAGAACGUCUCGCCGCAAGGGAUGUCACGCCCGCAAGACAUCAUCCUCUUCAUCGUUGGCGGCACGACCUACGAGGAAGCGAAAGCCGUCGCCCAGCUCAAUGCGCAAUUUGCAACGGGCCAGCACUUGUCCGGCUCGAUGGGCCCCUCGGGACCCGUCAGCGCAGGAACCAGGAUCAUCCUCGGCGGGACCUGCGUGCACAACUCGAAGAGCUUCCUCACGAUGGUCCGCGACGCCGCUUUCGCGUUCGGCUCCUCUUUCUCCGCCCCUUUUCCCGUCGCCAUCACCCCUGCACCGUCUUCCAGCGCCGCCGCACCCCCAUCCGCCCUCUCCCCACCGCGCGAGUCCUCCCAGCCUCCGCAGAACUUCAACCUCUCGCUCGGUCCAAUCCAGCUCAACGUAGGGGGACAGGCGGGUAACACGAUCGAGGCGGGUGUUGACGCGGCGCGGGAUGGGCUGCGAGAUGUGUUCGGGAAGAUCAGGAGUAAGGUGGACGGGGUGAGGCUGUAG